GAGAGAGAGAGAGAGAGAGAGAGAGAGAGAGAGAGGGGUAUGGAUCGAUCAAUGGCAGAGAAACUCCCUCUGGUGGCGUUUUCAAAGUCUCAGAAAGUGUUGUUGACAGCACAAAUGUCACUUAGGGUUUUGGCGAGUGCUGCAAGUGUUGCUGCUGCUUCCAUUACCCUCACCAACAAGGAAACCAUCAUGGUUUUCGGCAUCAUCACCCAAGCCAACUACACCUAUUCUCCAGCUUUCAAAUUCUUCGCCUAUGUAAAUCUGGGAGUGUGUUUUUCCACACUGGUCUCCCUAAUGGCUGCCUUUAUGCUGCUCCGGCGCAAGACGCCGCACCCUACCAAAUAUUUUGGCUUGUUCGUCCACGAUUUCACGAUGAGCCUGUUGCUAAUGUCGGGGUGUGCGGCGGCAACUGCCGUGGGGCAAAUCGGGAAAUACGGCAACAGCCAUGCGGGAUGGAUGCCGAUAUGUCCUUAUUUCGUCAAGUACUGCGCACGUGCCACCGCGGCGUCGUUGCUUGCCUAUGUCGGAAUGGUUAUAUACUUUGUUCUCACUCUUGUCUCUGCGGCUAAGUCUCGCCAAAUAACGCUUUAAUUUUAAUUUUGUUCAUCUCCUUCUGCACUGCAUGCUUAUAUAUAUAUAUA